AUGCUUUUCAGCAGGCUUGCUGAGUACACCCGUAUGAUGGCAGAUGGCAAGCAGCUGCCACCGUUCAUAUACCCUCCUUGUUGGCUGGAUGGCGCGGCCAGAUGCUCAGCGGGUGCCGAGCACCGAUGCUUGUCUGGCGACCUAGAAACGUGCUCGUCGCUGAUCAAAGAAGUACACUCUGCGCGCCCUGAACUCCGCGGAGCAGCUUGGCAGCGCAUUGUCGCCCACCUGAAGCAGGUGUACGAAGAGCAUCAUGAGUACAAUGAGGAGAGAACGCUGGAGGCCAUGCAGGCGGCGUUGCUGUACGGUCUAUUGGGCGCUCAGCAGGCGGCCUCGGUGUCGUACGUCGAUGUGGCGUGGGUGGUAGAGAUGAUCGAAGCGUUCGGCCACCGUCUGUUUGACAUGACCGCCUGGGAUCAUGAAGUUGACCUAGCUUACCUUUCCCGGCCGCAAUGGGUGCUCGUUGAGAGUAUGAGGAGGAUCGGCUGCGUCCUCUACCUCUUCGACCUUCUGCUCCAUUCCAACGCAACAACACCUUCUACAGGAGAAUGCGAGACCUUCUUUAACAUGCCUUUACCUUGCUCCCGAAAUCUCUGGAUAGCAGCUUCGGAAGCUCAGUGGCAGGCCGGAUACCAGUCAGUUCAAGCUCGCAGGUGCAAUCAGCAUCAACUGAUCUUAGGAGAGCUGCUCACCUUCCGCCGCUCACCGCCUUCUGAAGAGCCAACAAAGAUUACGGCGCCAGGAAUGGAGGAGGCGCUUGCUGAGUGGUGUGAGCACGCGGACGACCUAUCAAUGCUUCUAUGGAUGGCAGGUGCGGUAGACGGAGAUGGACAGGCUCCUGCAUUGGUUCGCGGGGAGGUUGACGCUGGAGCAGGACUCCAUCCUGAUGGACCCAUCUUCGAAUAG